AAGUGCAGCACUUUGAAUUUAGACUGCAAGCCGAUUACAACGUCAAAAAAGUCAAAAAAAUUCGAGAAAAAAAAUUAAAAGGAAACAAAAUUUUCCAAUUUUCUCUAAGCUAUGCUGCGCCGAGUCAAUUUUUCUGAUGGCAACAAUCUGCGCGGACUGCAGCAGCAACAACUUGGACAGAGUGGAAUGCCUGGCAUGCGAUUCGGGCAUGCCAUCAAUGAGCAGCUCCACGAGCGACGUGAAUGGCUGCUUCAGUUGGGCCUAACUCCCGGCUGUGCCCACGAUCUGGCCAUGCAUACGCUGGAGCGGCCCGAGUUCAAUCUGAGCGACUUCAAGCUGUACUGGCAACAGCUCAGCUUCCAGCUGGGCCCCAGACGGCGGGACGAAGUGGAUGCCAUGGUGAUACGCAGAAUGCGAGAACUGUUGCACACUCAAACGCUUGAGACGAAUCACUCGCCACCACGCGACAUCAACAAAAGCUCGAAUGGCUCUGAUACGCCAGAUUCCCAUUGUCUCAGAGACGCUGUUGACUCGCCCGUACAUUAUGAGCCUGACCACUACUUAGACCGUCGAAUGACCUCCACGCCUGUGAAUGAGCUGGAAACACAUUGCAGAGAAGCCAUCGUAUCCAAGAUAAAUGCAGAUCCACGCAUUGCGGAUGACAAUUAUCAAGCGCAGCAUCCAAAUGAUUGUGAGAACUUCAAUUCCAAUAGUAUUUUGGAUGCAGAUCAGCGUGACAAAGAGGAGAAGACACAAUUUAUGGGGUAUAACAAUCAACAAUUUAAUAAUAAUUUUGGCAAUGUUCCAUAUUGUCAGCAAUUUACUGAGCCCACAAAUAAUUUAUAUUUCAACAACAAAGCACGUGAGCUACAACAUCAAAGCAGAUACUUAAAUAAUAAUAAUCAACCAUUUCAAAAUAAUAAUGAACCAAAUGUUGGACGAUUCGAUGAUGAUAAUUAUGAAGACACUAAACGGAACUUAAAUUUGUAUCAAUUUCAAAGACCUCAGAUUCCAGAAACCGAAACCAGGAUGAACACUACUGAAGAUGCUGGAAAUCAGUAUGUCAUAGGCAACAGCCGCAAGCGCAACCAACAGAAUCGGCUCAAGCGACGGUAUUUGAAGAGGCUGAGAAAAGUAUUUCAAAUAGGCAACUUUCAUAUGCCUCGGAUUCAACACAAGUCAGGCGCUCUGCCGCAGCCAGAGGACGAUUCGUAUGCAAUCAUGUUCUAUCGACGCACUUACUCCCCCAUAGUGGGCGGAAAGGAACAUGACUCGCCCGCAUUACCUGUUAUGGCUAUGCCUAAUUUUCCCACAAAUCCAAAUCGAAUACUGGCGAAGCGCAUUCGCCAGGAGUUGCGUAAUGAUUGGGUUGUGUCAUAUCGGAGCUUGAAAUAUAAUAAUUGGGAUGUUUGGUGGAAGGACUUCAAGUGGUGCAGGCCGGCCAUCGAAAGACAGCUCGAAGUGUUUAAAGGUAUUAAUUUAAUGGAUAACUCAUUUCUCCACUGUGUAAUGAAUUAUUACAAACCGCAGACGGUUAAGAAGCUACUGCAUCUGGCUACCCUGGCCUUGCAGUUGAAUAAAACCAACUACCAACUGAUAAUCGGCACCAUAUUUGAGCUGACGAACAAGCGUUUUUUGGAGAAAUUAGACUAUGAUGAAAUGGGCCGACUGCAGGAUCUGAUAAGAUAUAUGCCGAACCAUUUGUGGACAUACAAGAUGCGCAGCAUGGUCUAUCUCUGGACGCGUUACAGUGAGGUACGCUUGACAGCCGAUUCGAACACCGAGAGUGGCGCCAAGGAUCUCUGGGCCACAAACACCCAAUGGAACAGUCCCCUAUUCCAUUGGCUGGCCUUGCAGGCCUACGACGAACUCAAGAGAAUCAGCCGCAUCGAAUGGCCGGACCAUAGCAAAAUCUUUCCACCAAACUGAACUUUAGCUUUAAUUGUACA